AUGUUUUCCGACAAAUAUCUCAUACAACUCCAGGACAGUGUCGGAUAUAGGUUUAAUGAUGUAUACCUAUUGGAGAAAUCAUUGACAACCGCUGGUGCAGAAGGCGACAAGGAAUCUGAAGAUAGUCAAGAGAGGGACAGAUACGAUGGAAAUCGUAAACUAGCCAAUGUGGGCGAUAAACUUCUUCAGCUCGUUGUGAUGAUCGAUGUGUUUUCUAGAGGUAACCAACAACGACGCAGAGACGCAAGUGCUGCCAUCGCUGCUAAUAAGGAUAUCCUUGUAGCCCGAGCCAAGAAAUUUGAAAUUGACAAACACCUGAAACUUAACCCCCGUCUCCAAGGCCGACCAACAAAGACAACUUUGAGCACUGCAGUGAAUGCUAUUAUUGGUGCGGCAUGGCAAGAUUCCCUGGAAGAUAUGAAGACUGCACGGGGGGUCAUCGAGCAUUUUGGGCAAGUUUUGAUCCCUUUUAUAGUAUUUUCCUACCCUAAGGCACGUCACCAUCAAGAAGAAGUUUUUAUCAACGAGGUAACGCAGGAUAUUUUCCAUGAUCUUCGCGGUUGCUCAAACAACGAUGACGCCCUUCACUCAUCUAGCGAUGCCCUAGAGAUCCUGUCUUUCGCAGACGAACUGCCAAGUUCUCCCCUACACGCUGCAUGCCCCGAGAUUUCUAGUCGGGAGACUGGAAAGGGUCCAGUCCAUGGUCAGAUUAGAGAUUAUUCCAUGCAUGACCGGGAAGGUGAAGUUGGUAAUCGUAAUAUGACAUUGGAGACUUCUAGAAAUACAGAUUCUAGAAUAGUAGCUUCAUCGCUGCUUAGAAGGCCCGAUAACACAAGACAAAACGGGCCAAAAGACCUCCAAUCUCAGUCGAAGAAAAGGAAAGCACAACAAAAAACGCUCCGUAUACACACAUCACGGACGGAAUUUGUAAAGGAUUACAUUCAAUCUGAACAAGAGCGAUGCCGCGCGUUGGCGCUACCAAUGCCUAAAAGAGACCUUGGAUCAGCCUUAAAGGCCCACGGUAUGAAUGUUGGAGACAAUGGGCUCGCUAAACUCAACACACUCUACCUUGGAAUUGCAAGCCCAGAGUCAUUCGCCACUUUGCACGAUCUAGUAAAUGUACAGCGGCGGCCGGUCACUGGGAAACCAUCCAUCCCGUGCUGGAACCUUCCUCUCAAAGAACGAGUAGAGGCUAUCGAGGGUCUGAAUGAUGACAUUAUGUACAAGAGUUUUUUAAAGAGGUGUCACAUCUUAGAACUUUUCACAUCGCUCUCAGGGAGCCACAAAACGAGCGACGGAUUCAUCAAUGAAACUAAUCAGACUCUCUCAGGGGAUCCGCGCUCACAGCUCGGAAACCCGCUUGUGAUGGAGGACUCGAAGGUGUCAAAGGAGAUGUUAGCCCAACUAUAUCCCGGCCUAGACCGCAACAGCCCCGAAUACUCUCGAAAGGAAAGAUUUGUGAAUAAAUUACGUAAGACUGGUCAACGUCUGGAUCUUCUCGUCCAAAAAUUUGGCUUUGGGAUUAUCGGGCUGGUCCCGCUACCAUCAGAUGGCGGUGAGCUUGCUUUCAACAUCACCGACACUAUGUAG